AUGGGCCCCGUAUCAAAUUUGUACGACUAUAUCAUUGUUGGUGGUGGCGUGUCCGGUGUUGUCAUCGCUUCGCGCCUCCGCUCUGCUCUCCCAAAUGCCCACAUUCUGGUCUUGGAGGCUGGCAAGGACGAAUCCGACUUCGAACCAGCGAGAUAUGUCAAGAAUAUUGCCUCAGUCAGGGGCUCCGAGAUCGACUAUUCAUUCGAUACUGUCCCUCAGAGACAUCUGGAUGGUCGUCCUAAGAAGGCAUGGGCCGGUCGUGCUCUGUCUGGAGGCGGCGCCAUCAACGUGGGAGCGUGGCUGCGAGGUCCCGCCGUGGACUUUGACCAUUGGGCUGAAUUGCUCCAGGAUGAUUCGUGGGCUUUCUCAUCUCUCCUUCCUUACUUUUGCAAAUCGGAGACCUUUAUCUCGAAAGACCUGGAUCCCAAUCUGCACGGCUCUGAUGGUCCGAUGGAGAUCAAACUGAACAAGGACAUUCGACACGGGAAGUGGUAUCCGUUAUGCGAGCAACUGAAAGGGGCAUGGCAAGAAUCGGACCCGUCAUUGAAAUGGAAUCCAGACGUCAACAGUGGAGAUCCUCUAGGAAUGGGUGACUGGCCGACCACAUUUACUCGCGCGGAACGACAGUUUCCACACAAAGCGUACAAUCUCGAAGGAGUCGAGGUUCAGACAAACAGUCUUGUCAAGCGGGUCAUUAUAGAAAGAGCCGAGCCUAUCGGUGAGCCGAAGGCGACCGGAGUGGAAAUGGCAGACGGGAGAGUGAUCUGCUCUAGGAAGGAGGUGAUUGUGUGCGGAGGUACCUACAACUCGCCUAAGGUCUUGCUCCUCUCUGGAGUAGGACCGGCGUCUCAGCUCGGAAAACAUGGUAUCACUGUCCGCGUCGACCUCUCCGCUGUCGGCCAGGGCCUCUGUGAUGAUAUGACCAUGCGUCAAGUCUGGCGGCUACGUCAUCCCGAGCGAGGGCUGUCGUUCGGCUCGCCUCUGAUGACAGAUCGUGACUUGGUCUCGAAUGUGCCCGUCGACUUUUUCAUUUGGACACAAGCUCCACACGACCUCAUUCGUGAAGCGUUUGCAAAAGACGGCAUCACCGACAGCCACCUCUUCAACCCCCAUGCGGUCCACCAGGAGAUGUACACCAUGUGGAUGGCAGGGCGUUCGGCGGCUUUGCUUGCACAGCUUGGUCUCUCGAAUGAUGGAUCGCUGAUAUGCACAAGCGCAUACAACAUGUAUCCACUGAGUCGAGGCUCUGUUUCACUGGGCUCCGCGGACCCAACAGUACCACCUUUGAUAGACCCCAAUUAUUACGCCGCCGAGGCUGAUAGGGUCAUUUUCCGUGACGCGCUGCGAAAACAGAUGCGUGCCCUCCUUGCGACCGAGUCUGGGAAGUCUUUUGUUGCUGCCGAAGUGCCGCCUCCAGGAUUUGCUUCGAUAAGUCACGAGUCAAGCGACGAAGAAAUUGACCAGAGAGUGCGUGUGUUUGCGGAGACUGGGUCUCAUCCUUGCGGGACCUGUGCCAUGGGAAGAGUGGUAGACACCCGCCUGCGUGUCAAGGGCGUGAAGGGACUGCGUGUAGUGGAUGCCAGUGUCUUUGCCUCUCCCAUUGCGACGCACCAUCAGGCAGCAGUGUAUGCGGUGGCCGAGAAGGGGGCAAGUAUGAUCGCCGCGGACUGGGAGGAGGGUGCAUGA